GUGUUUUUCUCACUGCUAAUUGUUGCAUUUGUUAUUUGGCGGUGAGUUAAUUUUAAUAUACACAAAACAAGACCAAAAAAAUCUAUUUUAAAAAAAUGUCUUUAUAGAAAUAAGCCACACAAAAAAAGCGGUUGCAAUUCGUAAACUUCCUAUUUACUCAAAUUACUUGAAAAAACAUGAAUUCAAGUAACGCAUUUUAUAAGAACCCCAUAUGGUGUGUUACUGUGAUGCCCACAUAAUUAUUAAUUGUUAGUACAUGAGAAGAUAAAAAAUAAGUAUGUUUCUAUUCACAAUAUGCUAUAAAUUAGCGAUAGGAACCUUUGGCCCGCGGGCCAUAUGCAGCCAGCUGAAACGAUUAGUGCGGUCCACAAGACAUUCCGAUAACUGGAUUUAUGUGUGCGUAUAAAUACCAAAUAUAUAUAUAUAUAUAUAACUAAGUAUUUGGGAAAUGAGCCCGUAGAAACUUCUAGGAGCCCUAAUUUAAUGACGUUUAUGAUCUAUAUUAAACAUGUGAUCAAAAUGACAAUUUCGUUUUUUCUUGACGGUGCUCUGCUCACUAAUGUUCCCCAAUUAUUUUAAAGAAGCUGCUUAUGGACAAGAUUGUAAUUUCAUAAGAACAUAAUAUUAAGGUUUGAGAAAAAGCUAAGCAUGUACAAUACCCACCAAAAGUUGGACGUUUCAAUUAAGAAGCCGCCGGCAGCAACAUAGAGACACAAAACAAAAUCCAUUUCUUGAGGUUAUUUUUAAGGCACAUGCCUUUUUGUUGUCAUAUAAAUAAAAAAAAAUUGUUUGUUAAUUCUUCUAUUGUGUUGGUUUGGGGAAUGGUCUUGCCUUAGCCAAGAUUGAGUUGGUAUACAGCAUAUGGUAAAAUAAUGUCUGACUGGAAAGAACGUUUUAAAGUCCUCUGAAGAAGAUCCAUUUUAUGCAGCUGACAAUUUUUAAUUUAUACCCCUACUAUUUAUAGAAAACGAAAAAUGCAAUCAACUCAAAACAAAGGAGAAGAAGUCCAAACACGGCAGCAAAUACCACCAGCGAUGAUUGAUGUCACCAGUGCAAUAGGACAAGGUAGCUACUAGUUGACGAUACAUCAUUAUUACCUUAAAUGAUGCUUAAAAUAAUAUGUUACUUGAAGCGCAAUGUUUCCUGUUUGCCUAAGGCGAAUCACCAGUCAAAUGAAAUUAACCCUUAUCACUCAGACCCCAAUUCUUGACCUUUUGCAUUAGGAUGAGUUUGGAUGAGGUUGUAUGAAAUUUAGAUAUUGCCUAAUGGAGAAUAUAGAUGUCAAGGCUGAAUGGAAACGGCAGAUGGUGAGCGUGGGUUUGGAAAACAAACUAUGGUUAUUUAGGUGGGAAAAAAUGUUUUUUAGAGCUGGUGAAUGGAGAUUUUGAGGAAAUGGAAUGAAGCAGACAUACACUUAAACAACUCAUAUCAAAGACUGUGGGGUUAACGUUAUGAACGACCUGUGGGAUUACUUCUGUAAACAGUGAAACUUAAUGGUGUAUUAUACUGUGGAUUAAUAUAAAGAAAAAUAAGAAACUAAGAUGGCCAGAAAAAAAGUAAAAUAGGUUAGUAAUACUUAAAACGAUUUCAUAAAUCUGAUGAAUUCUUAUUAUUAAUUUUAUCGUGUGUAUGUUUCCCCGCGUCUGUCAAUCCGGAACCCACGUUUGACGAUAAGAAUGACGUAAUUUACAUGUUAAAUUUUAUGUUUAAUUCUUUGUUCAUUCAAUUUUGUUACAAGCACAAACAAAUGCCUGUGCGAAUGUAGGUCAAAUCAACACAUUUAUUAGGACAGUGGAUUUGAACACAUUUUUGCAGACCCAUAACAAGGAGUUCUUUGUUAAACAGUUUGAGGUAAGCUUGAAAACUAGCUCAUUCAUACACCAACACAAAGACACAUGCCAACACAGAGAUACAUACUAACACAGAGACACGUGCCAACACAGAGACACAGGCCUUCACGGAGACACAUGCCAAAACAGAGACACACGCCAACACAGAGGCACAUGCCAACACAGAGACACAUGCCAACACAGAGACACAUGCCAACAUAGGGACACAUGCAUACAAAUAUAUAUAUACAAAGACAAAGAUGGCGAGAGAGAGAGAGAGAGAGAGAGAGUAGCAUCACGUAUAUUUAUCCUCACGUGUACCGUAAGGCAUUAUUGGGCGCAUACAUAAAUGAAUUUAUUAAAAUAUCUUUUUAUGGCAUGUGUUACCAGAUUGUAUUCGUCACUUUGGAAUUGAUAAAAAUAUAUAUUUUAUCAUGUAUAGACUGAGGUAUUAAAAACAAAUAGAAGUAAUCAGCAAAUAAACAUUAUUGUGAGCAAUAUUGUAUUUAUGUUAAAGGUAAUAUUAAAUUGUUUUAUGCAAAAUCUUGUAACACUAAUCACAGGGUCUUCCUGAAACUCUAAAUGUGACAAGUAAGGUUGGACUCAAACAUUUUGACAAGAAAAAAUACAGAAAUGACGAAAUUGUACCAUGUAAGUCAUCAUAACAAAACUAGCACUGAUCAUCUAUUCCACACUGCACACAUUAUAAUUUUAAGAAGUGGAAUUUUGUUUAUCGCUUUAAAAAAAAACACCAAAAAAAAAACACCUUUAAAAUCAUCGAGUUUAAUGACCCCGCCAUCCCACCACCCCCCCCCCCCCCACACACACACACUUUCCUUCCCGGAGCUUGUUUAUAUUCCCUGACCGUUGUACGAAGUACAAAACACAACAAGUCCGCCUUAACGACAUGUCAAUGAAACGUCUACCGUUAAAUUUUAUGGUUUAAUGAUUUUAUUUUUCGUUUGUUUUCUUAACCCUAUCCUAAUGCAACUACGAGUAAACUCUUCCUCAAAACUUUUAAUAGAGUUAUUUUUAAAAAAAAUAGCGUUUGCUUAGAGGGCACCAAGUGAAAUCACUGACUUGGCAGUGUUUAAAGAUGUUCUAGCUUGUAAAUAGCAUACUAAAAGGGACAAAUGAUAACGUCUGAAUAGCCCUUUAAGCUACCAACCUGUCCUGAAUGCAACCCCAAACGUACCGUUAAUGUGAUAUUAAAGUUUAGGGAUCUCCCAAUACACUCACACAGAUUAACACAUAAAAAAACAUCAAUAAAUCUUACACAGAUACACAUAAAAACACAAAUAAAUAUAACACAGACACACAUUAAGACAUCAAUAAAUCAUACAAAGAUACACACAUAAAAACAUUAAUAAAUCUGACACAUCUAAACUAGAUUAGAUCUAGACUACACACAUUAAUGAAACAUGAAGUAUUUCAUGACAAUUUCUGUUUGAUUUGUACUUAAUUCAAAUAAACAAAAUCGUGGACUAAAAUAAGAGUCUGGACUAAAUCUUCAAGAUGAACAUCAUCUCCCGGCUCGUCAUCGAAAAUCGUUUCAGACUCAUCUAUGCUUGUUUCUGUGUCAGAGUCAUCAUUCAUUAUUGCUUGUUUUUCUCCUUUCCAGCCCUUUUACAUUUUACAAUCUCCUGCUCUUCAGCCGUGUUUAGAUAGGUUCUUUCUGGUGCUCUGCUGAUUCCUCGUCGUCCAGUUAGUUUAUUUAUGAAAGUUGCCCAUGGAAUGCCAUAACCUUCUGCAUCAUUUCUCUUAGGCGUUCCAUCAUCAACACCUUUUAAAGCUUCCAACAAAACUUGUUGGGUUUAAUUUAGAUUAUAUCUAUUCAUAUUCAUUGUGCUGCUUCUGGGGAAAACAUAGUCUAGAUAGUGUAGUGUGUUAAGAGGUCAGAAAAUGUCAUGAUGCUUUUAGACUAUGAACACCAUAUCAAACAACUAUGAACAACAUAUCAAACAACUAUGAACAACAUAUCAAACAACUAUGAACAACAUAUCAAACAACUAUGAACAACAUAUCAAACAACUAUGAACAACAUAUCAAACAACUAUGAACAACAUAUCAAACAAAAAGCCUCAAUUUACACAACAAAUGUAAACAUAGCUUUUUAUUUAAUAGUUUAUAAAAGCAUAGACGGUGUCUAGAUAUAAAAUAGCUCUAAAUCUUAAUAAGAAUACUAUAAUAGCCCUACGCAUACGUUAUGGUUACACAAAUGACAACUAAAAUGUUACUUUCCUAAUUGCAUCCAUUGUGGUUCAACAUGUCACAUCACACAUGUUUGCCUUGCCUUGAGUGCAACCAGCGAGACAUCAUACUUGUCUAUCACAUUUGACACAGUUGAUCGUGUUUACAGUUUAUUUGAACCUUUACACAACCUUAUCACAACAGUAGCAACUCAUUCACGCCAUAUACUAAAGAUACCUAACAUAGUGAACAACUUACCUUAAAAUGUCAAAGACAGAUGUUCUUUUUUGUCAAAUUUUUACUAUAAAUACCGUAUUCCGAAAUGGUAGUAAAUGAUCCGGAAGUAAAAGCCAAACAGUAGACCAAGGAGAGUCUACUGACGAUAUCUUUGUUUUGGCAUAGCUCCUAUAUCGAGAGUUAAGUACAGGCGUUGUCCAAAGAACUGGUUGCACAAGGGGCAACUUACUCCUUUAAACAAAUAAUUUGUAUUUUAUUAUUUACUUUUUUUUUAAACGACAAUAAAAAGACAUUUCUGAAAAAAAAAAUCCUAAUGUUACGGAUCAGACAAAGAAAUUGCCUGCUUUAGUUAAAAUGCAUUAAUCUAAUCUUCUUUUAAAACAUUACUUUUAAAUAGAUACUUAAUUGAUUCGAGAAAAUAAUCCACCUAAGUGCAUGUAAGUCUCUUUUUUUAUGUAAAUUGUCUUUAUUUCUACAACAUAUUUUCUUUUAAAUGUAGUGCAUUUAAUUAUUGUAUACAAGCCAAACUUGCAGCUGCAAUGCGCGAACAUUCUAUUUAAUAAAGUCCCUUGACACAACAUGCAUUCGAGUUACAUAAUUUAUACGAUUCCUUAUUAGUGAUCUCCCUUUCAUCAUUAGUGAUCUCCCCUUCGUCACAUCAUUACUCCCUGAAACGUAUUAAUAUUAUGAUGUUCAACCAUCUUUCACACCGCAGAUUUAUCACGUCAACUUUCUCCGGAAAACAAAAUAAGAUAUUACGCACUUGAGCUAUUUUUAUGAAUCUCAUUUAGCGCAUUUAUCGAUAGUAUUAACAUUAUUGAAUUACUACGAAGAUAAUUGUUUAUUUUAAUGAUGUUCUUAAUGAUUAUUUCUUUGGCAUCCACCCUUUUCGGUCUCAUAACCUUUCAAGACUUCUCUGACAAAAGUCGGAAGCCUUUUCCAUAUUUUGCGAAGAGAUCCUACUGUUUCACCCUCGGGGAUUCCCCAUGCUCCACGGAAGCUGAUGAUCUCAAGAGGGCUUCAGAUAAUCGAUACAAUUGAACUUUCAGGGUGGUUGGGUUGUGGACAACAUUUUAAAUUAAGUGCAAUGACAUAUUGCCCAAAUGUACCCUUAAGUUCAUUAAACCUUAGAUUUUCGGAGCGCACAGCCUGAAUUUUUACUCGGAAUUUUUCUUCCCACAUAUGUGAUAACAUACAAAGUUUACAUGAACUGGAUGAAUAUCAUGGAUUUGAUCUGCUCUUUUUAUUGCUCUACAUUCGACACAAUAACACCAUCAAAGGAUGUGUUAUCAUGCCUUUGUAAUGUUUUUUUUUUUUUAAAUUCAACCAAUGCUUCUCAUCUGUGAGCUUAGCAUAAUCUUUAACAUGUCUACCAAAUUGACACAAUUAUUGUCUAUCUUUUGUUUCAAUUUUUCGAUAUAUUAUUCUUGCUUUUAAAAAAAAAGUACAUCAUGUUUAUUAUCUUGUGUAAAUAAAACAUACAAAAGAUGAAAAUUAAAUUCCUUUAAAUUAACUUAAUUAUUUCAAAUAAGUGUUAAGACGUAUUCUUAGAUUUCUUAUACCAUGCCCAAAUGGUUCAGUUUAAAAAAAAAAAGUUUUUAAAUUGUUAUGUUAUGUUUUGUUCAGAUGAUUACUCACGAGUUCAUCUAGAGAUUAACACAGAGGUUAACGAAGGAGAUUAUAUCAACGCGUCCUAUGUCAAGGUAAAAUAUAAACUGUGCUUGUGGUUGUAUUCUACCACAUCUUUAUUUAACACAUUUAGUUUCAAGUCAGCUUUUUAAGUAUUCAUACAAGAGCUUUCCUCCAAAAAAUCUAACAUUACAAUUAUUUUUACAGGGCUAUAAAGAAUCAGAGAACUUCAUUGCUUCUCAAGGUAGAGCCUAUAUUAAUGAUCCAAUUUCUUUUUUUGUCGUAUGCUUGUUGCUUUAAUAGUUUAAAAAAAUCGAUCAAAGUAUGUAAAAAGUUACUUGACAUAACAAAAAGAUUUGUAACUCAGAAGGAUGUGGUUUGGAAGUUAAUGUAUUAAAUAUUUUUUUUCCAGAUCCCAACAUCGCAAUGGUUAACGACUUCAUUCGAAUGUUAUGGGAACAACAAGUUGAAAAAGUCGUGAUGCUUACAAACUUGAUGGAAUAUGCUGAGGUUAAACGAUAUUUACAUUUAUAUUAAUUUGAUUGAAGGAUAAAUAGUUUUUUCUUUUAAAUGUAUAUUGUAAUUUUAAUUUUAAGAUUAUUUAAGUGUUAACUUAUUUUACAAAUAGUUCAAAUAUUAACUUAUUUUACAACUAGUUCAAAUGUUAACUAAUUUUACAAAUACUUAUUUUAGGAAAUUAUUUACAAUUAGGCCAAUUAUUUACUUAUAAUAGAAAUGGCUCUCUUUUGAGCUUAUUUAACAAAAGGUCAAUUAUUAACUAAUUUUACAAGUAGUUCUCUUAGGAAAUUAUUUUACAACUAGGUCAAUUAUUAACUCAUUUUACAAAUAGUUCUCUUAGGAAAUUAUUUUACAAUAAGGUAAAUUAUUUACUUAUAAUACAAAUGGCUCUCUUAGGAAAUUAUUUUUACAAAUAGUUCAAUUGUUAACUCACUUUAGAAAUAGUUCUCUAAUAAUCUUAUUUUACAACUAGCUCUAAUAUUAACUUCUUUUACAACUAGUUCCAUUUUCUAUCAACUUUAAAUCAGACACAAUGUGAACGAUAUUGGCCAGAGGAAGGCGAGAAGGAGUUUGGUGGUAUCAAAGUCAAGCUGACAACAACCCAAGUCUGCACUGAUUUCACUAUUAGAAGGCUUGAACUCAGAAAGGUAAACACUGGCAGAGUUGGCGCGUGACCUUUGAGAACCACGGCCAAUGUUCAGUUUUCGUCAUUUAGAUUGUAAAUGCAAUUAUUAUUAUUGUUUCGUGUCAUCGCGACAACUUUGGUUAAAUUUAGAAACGGAUGCUUUCCUACAGUCCCAUCUGAGUCACAUGUGUUUCAAAGCAAAUAUGACUGCUUUGACAAUACAUUUUAUCAAGGGAAAAUUACUUUAUUAAUUAUUUUUGCAGAUUAAAAAAAAAAAUUGUUAGUUAUACAUUGAAUAUUUUUUUCCUGAAGUUGGUUUUACAGGUUUGUGAAAGGUCAGGCUGCCUGGUUUUUGUGUUUGACAAAUUACUUUUGGAAAUGUAUUUCAUUAACUGUAUAUUAUUAGUCUUUGCUUAGAAUUGUUGAUUUUUUAAAAUUUGUAAUGAUAUCUUUAUGCGUUAAAUCAUAUGCUGAAUAUGAAUAUAAACACAUGGCUCAAAUUAUGCUUGUUUGGGUUAAUUAAGAAAUAUUAAAGUCAAAGCAGAACGAUACAAUAUAAACUAGAAUAUAUGAUGCAACGUUACCAGGAUUAUAAAGGCAGACAUUGUGUGUUAUUUUCUUCCUGCUAGUCGAAAACUCAUCAGAAUGCCUUAUUAAAAUAAAAAUUUAUUAUUAAUGAUAUUUACAUUUCUAACAACAUUUAGUUUUCUUAAACAUUUAUAAGCUAUAUAAUACCCGCGUACCCUAACCCAUUUUAUGACAUUGAACUACAAUUUAAUUCUCAAAAUUUAAAAUAUUGUAAGUUUACAACAAAAAAUCUAUUUAAAAAUUUAAAUAAAUAUAUAUUUGAUAUCUGCAUUAAAGACGUAAGAGAAUAAAAAGUGCGGGGGGGGGGGGGCGCUAUAUGUUUUUUUUUAAAUCCAAUGAUAUUAAAGCAGUGAAAAAGAAGUGAAAGCUUUUCUUUUAAAAAAAAUCAUCUAUUUAAAAAUUUAAAUAAAUAUAUAUUUGAUAUCUGCAUUAAAGACGUAAGAGAAUAAAAAGUGCGGGGGGGGGGGGCGCUAUAUGUUUAUCUUUAAAUCCGAUGAUAUUAAAGUCGUGAAAAAGAAGUGCAAGCUUUUCUUUUAAAAAAAAUCAAUUAUAUAUGUUAUAAAAAUUACAUCUCAACGAGUAACUUACACACGUUGACCUAUACGUCAAGUCAGGAAGGGGAAAAUAGAAGAUUGGUUUUCUUUGCAACUCAAGAUAUUCAGAUUUUCCUAACAAAAUUUCGAUAUUUAAAAAUGUAUUUUCAGUUUUUCUUAAAAUUAAUGUUCGAAUAAGAAGUAUUGAGAAAAUUGUUGGUUUAUAACAAUGUCUUAAAACCCAAUCAAUUUACGCGUAAAAAAAUACUAUUUUAAAAAUAGAGACUUAUUAUUUGCACUUACAGGAGCAUUCAAAAAGAUGGCGUACGAUGUUCUUUCAAAAUAUGAAAACAAUAUUUUUGCUUCCAUUUUGCGAAAAGUAAAGUUAUUUGUAAAUUUGGUGCAUAUAUUUAUGAAAUUAUUAAUAUUACUGAAAAAAGCAAGGGUGUUCCAGAAUGGAACAUUUUUUAAGUGAUUAUUUUUUUUUAGAUAUGAGAAUUAUAAUUUUACUAUUUCCGAUUUUCCGAUAUGGUAGAGAAGCGAGGUUACAUUUUGGUUAAAUUUUUAUUGAAGAUACAAAAAUAUCAAAUUCCAUUAUUGCUAAAUAUAAUUAAAAUAUUAUUAUAUACAUAUAAAUAUAUUUUUUCAGAGCGUAAACAUGGGUAGAGUAGGCCUACAGCUUAUUGCAGAUAAAUAUUUCUGAACAUUAAAAAAAAAACAACUUAGAAACGUAAACAUCAAUGCACAGAGACUUUAAACAAGGAAAGUCUGGAGAAUUUAAUUCAAUGUUUUAUAAUGUUGUCGGACUGUUCUCAGUUUUAUAAGUAAAAAUUUAAUUGUUAAAUAUUUAGUCUUCGCAAUAGCCUGUGGAUUAUAUAGUAAAGUUCCUACUUUUAUUAUUAACGUAACAUCGGGACAUAUCUUCUAGUAGAAGUAUUUAUUAUGUCUAGCUGAAUAAUAUAUUAUAAAAUUUAAUAUAAAAAGUAAAAAAAAAAGAAAAAUUCAUAAAUGUUAUUGGAUUAAAUUGUAUGCAUUACAAAAAAAAAACAUUAAAAAACAUUAAAGACUUAAAAACAUUAGAUUGGCUACUACAGAAAUAUAUAUUUAAUACAUAGAAAUUUGGUUUGACAAUAUAGAUUAUUUUUUUAAUACAUUUUAUAAAGCAAAUGAGCUAAAUUAUGGGACUAGGAUGUGUUAUAUAUAAUGAAACAUGUAUAGUUCUUCUUCCAUAAAUCACAGAUCAAUACAAAAGUACAACAUGUUACACAGUUCCACUUCACCUCUUGGCCUGACACAGGAGUUCCUAAAACGCCAUGGAGUUUUGUAGAUUUUGAACAGAGAGUAGCCGCUGAGCCUACAGAAAAACCAAUUGUUGUUCACUGCAG